UCGUUCGACAUUUUUGCGGCUUCUGCCGACAUCAACGGCGACUACGGCCAGUGCAGCAUCCUCCACAAGAGGAAGACCAUCCAGGUGUCGAAACCACAAAGUUUCACGACGACUCGACGCGAUAUCGUGAACCGUUUCUUCGCCUCUGGGUCCGAAUACGCGAAAGAAUUCGCCUACUUCUUCAAGGAGAACCCAAUUUCCGACCAGGUCAAGCACAACACCGUCGACCAAUACUGGUACCGUUUGGCAGGGUCGCUGGUGUACUUGGAGCAGUACGGAGUCCAUUUCAUGGUGUCGAGAAUGGUGUAUUCCUACGAUAAAAGACGGGACAAGCCUGCAUUGUCGCUCGUGUACGGCCAGAUCUUCGACGAGAACUGGAAAGAGCUUCCCAACGUGGAGUUGGUGGUUCCCAGCAACAAUCCCGAUAUCCACAACGACGAGAAGGAAGAGGCCCAGAAAUUCACAGCAAUUUCGUAUCCCGAUUUCCUUCCAUUUCCAGCGUACCAUAAGUUCAAUAUCAACAAGGACGGGUACUACGGACCCGAGGACCCACGUAUCAUCGUGGUCAAGAACCCCAAGGGCUACGAGGAGCCAUUGGUGUUGUUCAACGCCAACCACAGAAAGAUCUUGGAGGAAGAAAUCGAAGAGGCAUCCAAAUCGAAGGUGCUCUUCAAGGAGUACCGUUCCAUGUUCAUGUCGUGGCCAUGGCAGUUCCAGAGAGGCAAGCUCAACAUGGAGGACCUCAAGUCCAAGCACAACUCCAACCUCUACACGCGAGUGAUCGAGCUCAAGAUCGAGAACUCCAUGCGGCUGCUUGCACAGCAGAAGAACUGGACACCGUUCAUCAGCUUCCAGGAGCGUGUUGCUGAGGGCUACGACAAGUAUAUCUAUAUGGUAAUUCGCUGGAACAACAUCGAGGUGUUGAAAUGUUCUUUGACUGAAAAUUUCGACAAUUCGGUGUCGUCGUGCUCGUUUGAGUACAAGAUGAGAACCACAGAGGUUCUCGACGGGGUGGGACCCCUCAGAGGCGGAACUGAAAUGGUCAAUGUCAAUAUGCUCCUCCACGAGCACGUCGAAAAAUUCCCCCAGCUCCAGCACGAGUUGGACCGCAUUCCCGAGGGACGUGAGGUGUAUCUCGGGUUUGCCAGGGCCCACUUCAAGGAGUGUGGGUGCGGCAAGGGCUUUUACCGUCCUAAUCUCGUCACUUUGGUCAAGGACAACGCCUCCCAGUACAAGCUCCACGACGUGGGGUCGUUCAUGUCGCUCAACGUGCCCGUCACGUCGUGGGACUUAUCGCGAGACCUGGAGGAAUGCAUCAAUGGCCUGCCCAAUCUGUUGAUUCCCAACGGAGUUUCGGCCUGGGACAUCCGCAAGGUGGGCACCCACGUCCUGGACUACCUCACAUUGUCGUUCUCGGUCAACGACCACACAGUGGACAUGGUGCACAUCCAGGGACUCUUGCGGUACUUGUUGCCAGGAUUGAACGAAAACGGCCACUUUGGCUACGACAACGACAACGUCAAAUGUGCCAUGGACUUGUCUUCUGCGUACUGUACGGCGUACGGGGAA